UGAUGGUAUUAGACAUUGUUUGACCCCCACUAACACUAAAACCCGACGUCGGCGCGGGGUCACGAUGGCAUAGCUGGGGCUCCACCAUCGACAUCGUCUAGCUUCGGGAAGAUGGGACAAAGAGUACCGAAGGAUAAAACAAUAAGACCACCCCAUGUUGCAAUCGAGACCCUGACAGUCUUUUCAUUCCCUUAUAAUUUUGUUACGACAUUGUGGUGAUACCGUUUCUUCCUACACUUCAUCAUCUCAUCCUCAAAGGAUCAUACGAAGCACAAGCCGCGCAAAAUGACCUCAUCACCGCCGACCGGCGUCUUCGUGCCCGUCCCCACUUUCUUCAAGCCCGCAUCCGCAUCUACCUCUCUCCAAGCAGAGAUAGACGUCGAAACCCAGGUCAAGCACUCUGUACACCUAGCUAAGAAUGGCAUUCGCGGACUUGUUCUUCUCGGCUCAACAGGCGAGGCCAUUCACAUGUCGCGCCAGGAGCGAUUCGACAUGGUUUCCGGCGUGCGCAAGGGUCUGAACGACGCGGGCUUCACCGACUACCCAAUCAUGGCGGGUGUGCUCAUCAACAGUGUCGACGAGGUUCUGGAGUGGUUGGAGGAUUUCAAGAAGGCGGGCGCUCAGUGGGGUCUGGUGCUUGCGCCUGGAUACUUUGGAGCCGCUGCCAACCAGGAGAACCUUCGAGAGUGGUUCACGCUCGUGGCCGACAAGUCGCCCAUCCCGAUCUUGAUUUACAACUACCCUGGCGUUACGAAUAACGUCCUGAUCACUCCAGAGACUUACACUAUCCUUGCCCAGCACCCUAACAUUGUUGGUUGCAAGAUGUCCCACGGAAACGUAUCGUAUCAUGUGCAGGUUUCCCUUGACCCCGAGAUUGAUCACAACAAGUUCCGUGUCUUCAGCGGGUUCGGGCAGCAACUGGGACCCAUCGUGUUCUUUGGUGCAGCGGGUGUCAUCGACGGAUUGGCAGCGAUUUAUCCCAAGACUGUAUCGAAAUUGAUGAAGCUAGCAGAGCAAAGGCCGAUCGAGCCUGCAGCACUCGAAGAGAUCCAGAAACUACAAUUUGUCGUCAGCUCCGCUGAGGAGUUCGUUGGUCGAUGGGGAAUUGUGGGUAUCAAAGAGGCUGUUCAGAGAGUUCUGGGCUUGGGCACAUUGGAGGGCGGCCGGUUACCGUUGAAGGGCAAGCUGCCUGAGGGGGAGUGGGCGAACUGGGACAAGGUUCUGGGUAGGAUACAGAAGAUCGAGGAUAGCUUGUAAUCGCUAUAAAUUAGCUUGCAUCUGUCUGUGAUAAAAGGAAAAAACAGAAUUUUAAUAGAAUCAUGACGGCUUCGUGAUGGGCAAAAUUUCAUUAUUCUAAUCUCUGCUGUCUUCAAGAACAAA